AUUUUUUUCUUAUAAUGAAAAAGAUCAGAAGAAUUAUGCUCGUGCAGUACUAAUCGACACUGAGCCUAAAGUAAUCAAAGAAAUUGUGAAGUUUUCUAAAGAUGCUUUGUGGUCUUAUCGAGGUGACUCUCAGAUAAUUCAGCAGCAAGGUGCAGGUAACAAUUGGGCAAUGGGUUACAAUUACCAUGGGCCUUUACUUCAUGAUCAAACAAUGAAUGCCGUGCGAAGAGAAGUAGAAUGCUGUGAUCAUUUUCAAGGUUUUCUGAUAUUCUCCUCAGUGGCUGGAGGAACUGGCAGUGGACUUGGGUCAUAUCUUUCUCAAAUUCUUCUUGAUGACUUUCCAUCUGUAUCCUCAGCCAACAUUACAGUUUGGCCAUUUCAGAAAGGAGAGGUAUCAGUACAAUCAUACAAUGCUGUUUUAAGUCUUGCUGCUUUACAAAAAUCUGCAGAUGCAGUCUUCAUGAUUGAAAAUGACUGGCUACUCAAGCUAUGCCGACAGAAAAUGGGUUUAAAAAAGGCUUCCAUACAUGAUAUCAAUUAUGUUGCUAGUCAACAAUUAGCAAAUUUGUUGUUACCAGUUGAAAGUGAUUAUGGAAUAAACCCUAUGCUGAGUGAUGUAUUAGCACAUUUGGUACCUCAUCCUCAGUUCAAAUUACUUGGCCUCAGAUCAGUUCCUCAAGAGCCUUUAUCUUCUGUUCCAUUUAGUGUUCAUACUUGGCCUGGACUUCUUCGAACUCUUCGUAGAAUGGUUCUAUAUAACAGUGUGAUUGAUGAAGUUUAUGGCCGAUGUAAUUCAUCUUCAAAUAUUGUUUCUACACCUCCUGUUUCACUUGCAAACCUUCUUGUUCUUCGGGGUCGGGAUUCAGAAUCUGCUGAUUCUGAUCUUCUUCACAAGCCAUCUCUGCCUUAUGCAACCUGGGUCCCUGCUUCCUUAAGACUCAAAACCUGGAAUCAAUCUCAUCCUUUUCUUUGCUAUGACAGAACUGCAUUACUUGUAAAUAAUGGGCAGCUAUCCAUUUCAAGUGUUGAUGUGGCUGUUGAAAAAGCAUGGAAGAUGUUUUCUUACAAAGCAUAUUUUCAUCAUUAUGUACAGUAUGGUUUAAGUGAAGAUGAGUUUUUAUCAUCUGUUAUGCAUUUGGAACAAUUAAUUGCCAGCUAUAAGUCAAUAGUUAGUUAAAUAAAUCAGUAGUCAAUAAUUAGCACAUAAGUGAAACUAUGAAAAUCUCGUAAAUAUGUUAUAAAUAAAGUUAAGAGAAUUAUUGAUUUAAUCAUGCACUAAAUUUGAAAAUUUAACAAUUUAAUUCUAUAUUAAAAUUUAGAAACUGUUGUAUGACUGUUUACCAUAAACACACUCUGUUUAUUCAACUGCAGUUCAGAUAAGGAAUACGAGUUUACAAUACAAAUAUUUAUAAGAGCAGUGACAUAUGAUAUAAGGUAGAAAUGAUUGAAAAGGCAAAUCUGUCCAUCAAAAGAACUAAUUUAAGCAGUUUUUCUACCUACUUUUAGUGGCUGUAAGGAACUGUGCAUGCCAUGCCUUAACCAACAAAAUAUCCUGGGUGACUGUCUAAUGAAAUGCUAUUUUUUGCAAAUUUAAUACACAACCACAGAGCAUCAAUGGUAGCCAAUGAUGCUGACAUAUGAGCCAUUUUUUGCACAAUUAUGUCCUACUCAGUGCAGGACAAAUCAAGUGACUACACAGGUCAAGGAAUAAUUGAUAAAAUAUGAAGGAAGUACUGAAUAUGCAUGUGAACUGAGGGUGUUAGCAUUGUCCUGCUGAAAAUUAAUGCCAGGAAAGUUCCAUAGGAAUGAUAGAACUUCUUAUUCUAAGAUUUCAUUGAUGUAGUACUGACUGUUCAAUAAUAUCUGCCACAUAUAGAAAGCAAUAGCAUGAAUAAAAUAUUGUUCUUCUCAAAGUAUAAUGCCUCUGGGCUGAAACUACUAUGACAUUCUGCAGCGUAGCCAUCUUGAUACCAUUAUAAUGGAAAAUGAAAAUUUUACCAUUGUGGGUCCAGCAAUUAUGUUUAUACUCCUAGAAAAAUAUAUUGUUGCCCAUACAAUGCAUCAGUGUCUUAAAUAUUUGCAUAACUGAAGGUACUGUGAUCUGUGUUUUCAGGGUCAAUAACAGUCAUAGUAACAGAUGCUCAUCUAUAAGCCUUUUAUGUACAGAUUAUUAGUAAACAGUGCAGGCAAACAUCACCUGACAGGUUUCUGUCAUAUAAUAAUGUUAUAGUUCUUUUUGCUCAAUUCAUUAUUGCCAUGAAUACCCUGCAUCUUGUCUUUCUAUUGUGAUGUGGCUGAAGAUGUUCUGAGCCUCCUUUUGUUGAUGGUUCAAAUCUUGCUUAGUUGAUUAUCUCCAAGUACACAUAACUGUGCUGGCAUGUUGCCCAUUAUGAGAAAGGAUCUCACAGUAUAAGAGAGCCAAGGCAUGUUUCCUUUGCUCAGUGAACAAUUGUUGUAUGGAAUAGUGUACAGUACACAAUUUGGGCUUUUAUAGUUUUCUUUUAUUCAUCGGGUCCACUUUCAAGCAGUAUUUCAUGUACAUCCUAUUUGCAUACAUAGCUCAUCUUGUAAUAAUUUGCAUUUCAUGUGAUAAACAAUCCAUCUUCCACAUCUGUGGCUUAUCUAAUAGCUCUUUUUCAAUGUAUCAGUUUUUCUGAACAGCAAUGUAUCAAUAGCAUGAUAUAUUAUGAGUGAUAGCAUAUUCAGUAUUUUGCAGUGUAAUGAUUAAAACUAGAAUGUGUAUUAUGUAAUUGUGUCCACGUUUUCAUAAAACAUUCGAAUACAGGUUUUAAGUUUUCAGAUAUUUAGUUGUGGAAAUUUUAAGGAAAGGUUGCUGAAUUUUCUUUAGCUGUACGUUAAUUUUUCUAUCAGUUUACUACUGUUUUGCGAUUUUUCCCAAUAGGAAAUUUGUGAUUAUCAUAUUAUCUUGAAUAUAAGACUACUUCAUAUGUAAGGUGAUCCUGAAUUUGUCAAAUUUUUCAUAUAUAUAUAAAAUAUAGGCUUGUGCAUUAAAAAAGCAUCCUUUGUUUAAUAUAUCAAAGUAUUUUACGAAAACUUAAAUUAAUUUAUGUAUACUAAUCUGAAUAUUUUGCCUUAAGAUGAAACUAAAGCAAAUAUGUUUUCUUUUAAUAUAAAAGUUAAAGAAUAAGGGAUAAAUUAUUCAAGUACAUUUUUUUAAUAUUAAGCUGAGGGUAUAAGUUGUGUAUUAUAGUCAAAAGAGUAUUUUAUAAGGAAAAUUCCUUCUUAUGCUCAUUGUAAUGCUUUAAGUGCAAACCUGAAGGACAGGUCAAAAUAACUGAUAUUAAUUUAGAAAGAUUAUAAAGUGUUACAUUAAUCAUUUCUAAAAAGUUGUGCCAGAUCAUUUAUUUUUUGUUUAUGCUGUGAUACAAAUGUAUAGUGUGAAAUCUUAUUAUUAUAUAUUUAUCAUUUUGUAUUUUAUUUUAUUUUGUACAUUAUAUUGUGCCAUGGAUUUGUUAUUUUAUAAAUAUAUGUUUCUGAAAUUCUAA